UGAAUGGUUCACUGUUUUGGUUCUUCUCAGGUUUGCUGAAAUAGUCUGCUAUUAUUAUUGUGAUUCGGUUUUCGUAGGCUUAGUGUUGUGUGGUCUUACUGCCAAUUAGUAAUGGAAGAGUUUCGGACGUCGGGGAUUUAUGGAAGCUCUACUAUGAGGAGGAAAAGGAGUCGAACUUCCCGUCGUCCUCGACUCGAGUCACAGCAACUAGCUGAAGGUUUAGAUCCUUCACCGUCAUCUUCGACGCCACCUUCUGAUGAUGCAGUCAAGUUCUCCAGUGAUGAGAAUGGUGGUGGUGAUGGUAGUUCUAGGAGAAAAGAAUUAAGUCUCAAUCAAUGUGUAUCCAGAGGCUCAUCUGUUAAUGGGGCUGAAAACGAACAUUUUCUUAAAAGAAGCAUAAAAGAUGGAAGUUAUAAUUCAUAUUACCGUAGUGAAACGGGACAAAGUGCUAAUGAUAACAAACGCAGCAGCGAAGGUGUCCUUGCUCCUGCUAAUUGGAGAAGCACGAGCAAGGCAUCAGAUGGUAUUGAAUCGGAGUCGAGUAGCAUCGACCCAUAUGGUGGAAGGUAUGGUGGUGAAAGUUCGAGUUCUGGACAGAAAGGACUUUAUGCUGAAGGAUUAGGAAAUGAUAGCAAGGUUAAGAAGGUUAAACUUAGGGUUGGUGGGGUCACCCGUACUAUUCGAGCCACUUCCCCUCCCAAUGGCACAUCGAAAGGCCCUUCUUCGAAGGGUUCUCAACCUUCCGAUGGUCAUAGGCAGCAACACAAGCAUAACUUUCAGGAAAACUUUACUGGAAAUCAUUCACCUUCAGAAAGACGAGGCAGAUUACAUGGAGUUCCGUGGAGAGACUUCUCACAAGGUGGCUUUGGCCUAGAAAAGGAGGAGACAUUGACAGGGAAGAUGGCUGGGAAGCAUGGAGCAGAGUCGGUUCGAAAGAGUAAAAGGGCCUCAAAGAAGCGUGUUCUUAAUGGGGAUUUUGAUGACGACGAAGAUGAUGAGAUACGGUAUUUGGAGAAGCUUAAAACUUCG